UUAUGUCACAAUGCAACAAGCUUUAGAACGAGCUUUGGAUCGCGCUGACUCAAUCAUUGAAAGUGUCCGGCAGAGGCCGCCUAAAAGGACAUGCUCCGCUAGCGGGGAGAAGUCUCUCCACCACAAGCUGUACGACAUCUACGCUGAGGAGUGUGAGAAGGAGCCGGAGGGCGCCGAGGAGUUGAGAAGCAGUGUGAACUUGCUGGAGAAGCUGGUGGCGCGCGAGGCCCUGCCGCGUGUGGUGGUGAACCUGUACCCGGGAGAGCAGGGCUAUUCUCUGAUGCUCAAGGGCACGGACGAGGCCUGCUCCGAGACCGUCCGCAUGCGCUACGAGGAAGGGGAGUUGCUGCAGUACCUGGAUGCAGAGCAGUUACCCCCUGUUCUGCUGGAUCUCCUGGAAAAAUCGGAGAUGAAUCUUUUCCACCGCGGGUGCGUCCUCGCAGAAGUUCGGGACUACAGGCAGCGCGCCCGGGGCCCCCCCGGCUACCAGAGCAGGCACGUGCUCCUGCGGCCGACCAUGCAGACCCUGGCCGCGGACGUGCAGGCCAUCGCCGGCGCCCACCAGGACUGGACGCAGGACGACAGACUGCUGCUGGAGAGCCAGCUCAUCUUGGCCACCGCCGAGCCCCUGUGUCUCGAUCCUUCCGUCACAGUCGCCUGCACGGAAAACAGGCUGCUCUACGACAAGCAGAAGAUGAACACUCACCCGAUGAAACGGAGCCUCAGGAGGUUUUCCAUGGCUUCUCUGGCCAGGGAGCGGGCGCGCCCUCCCCGCCCGCCGCCGCCCCAGCUCAGCGCCCUGGCGUCCUGGAAAAAGUCCAAAGCAAGCCAAGCGGCUCCGCAGUACGACCUCAAAAUCUGUAAGGUGGGCCACUGUGUAGAUCUGUGGAAACGGAGGCCCUGCGAGCUGGCCGUCCCCUCUGCAGUGGACGUGGAGAAGUACGCCAAGGGCAGGCCGUCUGGGCCGCGAGCCGGCUCCCGGCCCAGCGCGCGGCCCGUCGCGGAGGUCAAAGAGGACUCGGCGCCGGGAGCUGAAGCUGGCAGCGCCGCCCAGACGGCAAGGCCAACCUUCCCGCGGCCGGGUAAGGAUCCACUAUCCUCUGCAGAAAGGCCUCAUGCAGAAACCAGACGUGAGCGACAAAUGUCUCUCCCUGGUGACCCCUCCGCAGAUGACCACUCCAGUCUGGACACGGAUGCCGGGAGGGUCGUCAGCGGGUCCGGGGAGCUGGUCCCGAAGAAGGCCCCCUGCCCGGUCAAGAUGUCAUCGAGCCCCCGUGGCUCAACCAGUCUCAGCCACUUCUCCCCAGGCAAAGCAGCACAUCAGCCCGACACCACCCUGGUUCAGUCUUCAGUCUUGCAGAAGGGAGUCACACAUCUGCCUUCCCCCAUGCAGCUCCUCCCAAGCUCAGGGAAGAGUUCCUCGGGGAACAUCUUUAUUCCAGAACACGCAAGCAGCAUUCUCCAAUCUCUGCCCUCUGCUCCUGCUUCCAAGCCACCGAGUGUUCCCCAGAAAUCCUCUAUGGAAGUGAGUGAGGUUCACAAGAUUCCUCCAGCCACUUCAUUCACUACCCUGUCCACUGCCAUCUCCUCACAGAGAACGCCAGCCACCCCAGUCAUGGCCACCUCCACUGGCCAGGACAUCAUCAAUGUGGUGGGUCCUGUUCUUGGAGCCCAGACUUUGGCCAGUGGGUCCCACCCCAUACAGGGCUCAACCCCUGGGGCCAUAGCUCCUGCCAGAGUCAAGCCCUCAGGAGUCCAGCCACCAAAUGUGCAGCCUGGUGAGUUGCAGCAACCUGCUCAAGUGGGACCACAACUUUUUUUGAAAACAGCGUCUGGCCUCAGACCUGUCACUCUAAUUCAGGUUCCACCUGGUUCAGUUCUUUUGAAGACACAGCAGCAGAAACUCUACCAGGUGACUACACAGCAACAGCUUCUGCCCAUCUCCACUGCUCAUCCCCAGCAGCCAGUGCCACAGGGUUCAAGUGCACAAGAUUCAUCCAGUCAGACAACAGCCUUGUUUACUCAGCAACAUGUGGUCUUUAACCUCACUAGAGGCGGAAGUUUGCAGUCCCAGCCAAGUGUCUUGUCUCAACUUGGCCCUCACCAGGGAAGACCUAGGCAAAGCCUUCCUCAGCAGAGAUUCCAGCAACCCUCUGCCUUGCAGCAGCCUCAGCAGAUACAGCAGUUGAGGAUCUUGCAGCAACCAGGGGCUGUGGUGACAACAGCAACCUCAAGAACUCAGCCACCACAGCCGCCGCAGACAGCGAGCCUGUCCACAGAUAAAAUGAAUCUAGACCCACCAGCAGCUCCCAGCUCCUGA